AAGUACCGAGCUUGUUGUUACCUGGGCGGACUCCUCAGGUGAGAGCAGACGAGUUGUUGCAGAUAGAAACGUCGACACAGUGAAAAAGGUGUUUGGGAAAUAUCCGCCGCUGGUUGUGUGCUCGACGUGAGGAGGAUUUUUGCGCGUUUUCCCUGCAGGAUUGUGGUGAAGGGACGUCGUCGCGGAGCUGAAACGGACCAAAGACGUCGACAUGCUGACCGGAGGCUUGGUUUCGGUGUCUUUGUUCAUUCUCGCAGCGACAGGUGUGAGUGGGUUUUCAGUCACGAGCAGUAACCCAGAUGUGCGGGUGAAGGAGAAUGAAGGGGUUGACCUCACGUGCUCAUAUUCACCCGAUUUUGGUAAUAAUGCCAGAGUUGAGUGGAAAUUUAAAGACCUAAAAGGCUCGCAGGUGUACGUGGUUUACAACGGGAAGCCAACAGAGCCAUAUGCCAACCGAGUGACCACGUACUCGAACAAUCUGAGAUUCUCCAAAGUGACCCGCAAGGAUAACGGAGUGUACGACUGCGAGGUGUCUGGGAACGGGCAGUUUGGAGAGACCAGUGUGAAGCUGACUGUUCUUGUGCCUCCGUCUCCGCCCUUGUGUCGGAUUCCCACCUCGGUGACGACGGGCAAGGCGGCCUACAUGUCCUGCCACGACAGCGACGGCUCACCUCCGCCCACAUACAGGUGGUAUAGAGAUGACACCCUUCUGCCUGAUGAACCUCAAAAGAUUGUUGCCUUCAAGAAUGCCACCUACAGCCUAAAUCCAGACAAUGGAAACCUGGUGUUUCCCGCUGCAUCCAAAAAGGACUCAGGUCAGUACUACUGUGAGGCUGUCAACGAUGCCGGUCCUCCUCAGCGCUGUAAAGGCACGAGAAUGGAAGUCCGUGACCUGAACACUGGAGGAAUCGUUGCAGCUGUAAUCGUGGUUCUGCUGCUGCUGGCCCUGCUGGGAUUUGGCAUUUGGUUUGCCCACAAGAAAGGAUACCUGCCAAAGAAGAGUGAGAGCAAACCAAAAUCCAACGUGGUGUACCAGCCGCCAUCGUUGUACGGUGGUGAAGAUGAGGAUGGGGAUUUCAAACAGAAGUCGUCAUUCGUGGUAUAGUUGGCAGUAAACAGGGACGACAACUUUGAAGUUGCAUUUUUUUAUAGAUCAGCGUGAUUGUUUGAGUUGACCUGAACUGUCUGCUUUAGUGUCUCCGACACAUGUGGGGGUUAAGUAUCCAGGCUAUAGGAAAUGGUUUACUACAGAUCAGCAAUAAGACCACUCUCAUACAUUUGUAGGUUUUUUUAAAUAGAUAGUCGUGGCCGACUGAUGACCCAGUUUUAUCCUCAGACAUUUUUUCCUCCUUUGUUUGGAGUGUGUGUUCUGUGUGCUUCUGAUUUUUUGUGCCUCUUAAUAUCAGAACUGUUUUUUUUUUUAUAUAUUAUUGUUCAAAUGAUGCAUCUGCAUGUAAACACAUCAGCUGAGAAGAGGAACAGAUACUACCAGUAUCUGUAAUAGGGAAAGUCCAGGUAUAUAAAUGAGUUUGAUUAUUUUUUUAAGAAAGCUGGACAUGAGUACAACAGACAGAAACACAGUGUCUUGAUAAAACUUUUUUUACGAUCACAUCUUUAUUACAUUUACUGACCCAUCACCUUAAUUUCCUCUCGUACAGCUCUCUUAUCUGUGAGUCUGAGCUGAAACCUUGAUGGAGCUUGAAUAUCGUAGCUGAGUGUCUCAAAGGCAUUUUAUCUUAUUAUAUUUUUUAACAAACCACAAAAUGGCAUGCAAUAUUCUUUUUCUAAUAGAGCUUAUUAGAUUUCCUUGUAAAUAACAGCAGUUUUUACAUCCUGUAAUUUACUGAAGCACAAUUUCAGAUCAGUUGGUAGUUGUCUCUGAGCUUCCCGACAUGAACUAGAAUCGAAUCUGUACAAUUCCUGCUUUUAUGUCAUCCUGCAUUUUAGGUGCAUUGAUGAAUUGGACACGACUUAAUGAUGUCAACUUUUGGCAUUGUAUCAUAAUGAUUAAUUACCCAAACUAUUGUCAGAUGUCAGGGUCAUAAUAUUAGUCAUAAUAUUACCUCCAGGCUCUAAAGGGACAUCCAGAAAUUCUCAGGUCAUGUGUUCAAGUGGUGCGAUAAAGUCAGACAUCAGUUAACAGAAUCUGUCAGGUACAAUGUUUAAUUUGGGAAAGUUUUCUACAUAGCUUGACCUUCUCUUUGUAUGAAUUUUAGAGCUGAUGUAUCAGCAAAUGGUUGUAACUUUGCUUUAUGUAUUGUUCAAUAAAAUAUUUUAAAUGUUUUAAAAUGGA